AUACAGUUGUACCGCUAUCCGCAGACUUUGGAUGAAGGAGGCAUGACCAGCACAAAUAAUGGAGAAUUUGAAGACACGAUUUGAUUUUCCCAACCCAGUCAUACAAGCUCAGAAUGUGCGAAAUCUUGUUGCUGCUGUUCUCAAGGAAAAAGGGCAGAACAGACAAAUUAGUCAAUCCUCCAGUCAGGGACAUUACGGGAUGUUGUGUGUUGUCUGAUCAGGGCCCUGCGUUGGAGACCCUCUGGCAGCAGUGUUCUGGUGAGAAUGACCUGGUGCGGAGCGUGUGCUGUGAGGCCCUGGUCCUUCUGGUGGAGCAGGGACACGCAGAUCUGCAGUAUGUGCUCAACGGAGUCCUCAACCUCCUGCCCUCUGCCAGAAAUGUCCAGGGGCUGAUAAAGGUGACUGGCCAGUUGUUGCAAAUGCAAGCGGACCAGAGAGACCCCAGUAAACCGUUCACCUGUCCGUACUCAAUCAGGAGUAGCCCACAUCCAUACAUCACAGCUCUGGAGAACCGCGAGGACUGCUGGGCCGCUCUGCUCGUGGAGAUUGAUGACUUCAUACGACGAGCCGUUGACAGAAAUGAGCCAGCUUACAUCACCAUGCUGGUCCCUUUCCUGCGUUACUUAUACUGUGAGCCCCAGAGGCUUUCCCAGCAUGCACUUCUGCGACACAAUCUUCUUCGGGUUCUCCUUCCUGCGAGCCCAGCUGUCGGAGUUUCUGAGAAUAAAGAUGAACAGAGCAGCUCCUCAGUGUCUGACAGCCUCCUGCAGUGUCUGUGCCAGCUGGUCUCGCACAUGCAGAUGGACAGUGUAGAGGCGUUGCUGGAGCUGCAGGCCUUCGUCAGCGCUCUUCUUCAAGGUCUGGCUGGGGCGUCUUCAGAGCGGUGGGAGACAGAGAAGGGUGGACUGCUGCUCCAGCUGCUGUGUGCCUGCCACUGCUGCCUCCACUUACAUGGGGACUGUAGACCCAUGCUCCAGCUUAUACAACAGCUGCUGUCUGCAUGUCAACAGGAGGUGCCAGUUGACGAGUUGAUGAUGGGAGUUGCGUUGCUUCUGUUGGAGGCUCCGGCCGCUCAGCAGAGCAGCCUCCUCAGUCUGGCUUUAACCCUAUCCUCGGAGCAUUCAGAGUUCUGUCCGUGGUUGGGUCCGGUCCUGAUUCUUCCUGUGCUGCAGCUUCAGUCCUGCCUUGGCCUCACUGAACCUUUGGCGGAGCGACACACACACAAACUCAACCAGCAACUAUCUGCCCGCCUGCUCCACAACAUCAGCAGGCCCACACAAGCGCCCACACAGCAUGGCCGUCAGGUGGUUCUGCCCCUCAGCUCCUGGUUCGGUGAGCUCAGCGUGGCCCUCUGCACUCUGCGGACAGUGGCGUCUGAUCCUGAGGCUGCGUGCGACUGGCUGCUAUCUGUUUCUUCAGCCCUGUCCUCCCGCCUGUCCCUGCCCUCCUCCUUCAUCCUCAUCGUGAACUACCUCCUGGUCACCAGCCGAGAAGACGUCUGCCAGCUGGCUUUGAACGCUGUCCAGAGCAUAGCGUCAGCUGACCCCUCCCAGGUGCCUUCUUUACUGCCUGUGCUGCUGUUCAAGUUGGGGAGGGAGAAGAAGCCUGAGCUUUCCCAGGCUGUGCUCAACUGUCUGCCAAACCUGGGGACACACAAGUUGUGUGUCCCCAUGGUGCUCCAGACCCUACACAUGUUGGCAAGCGCCCCCAAGCUGCGAGCUGUGGCAAUGCGCCUCAUGACUGCGCUGUGGAAGAAGCAGGACCGUGUUUACCCCGAGCUACAAAGACUCCUAUCCCAACAAGACAACAGGGUGGUGCUGGGACGCGACGCCCAGUGGGAGCAGCUCCUCUCUAGAGCUGCCUGCCUCCGGGACAUCUGCACAGAGAGACCAUACCAGCAUGGAGGGGACAUGCUGGCUGCCAUCAGUCUGAUGUUAAAGCAGUGCACUAAACCAGACCUGGCCACUCCAGCUGCUCUGGCUCUUCAAGGCCUGCAUGAGCUUUGUCGGGCAGAGGUAGUGGAUAUAGUGUCGACAUGGAGGACUUUGGGGCCUGAAUUAAGAGCUGAUUCUCGUCCACUGAUUGUCAAAGCCACAACUGAACUGUUGGCUCUGGUUCCUCAGCUACGGGUAAAAUCUGAAGCAUAUGAGAAUCUCAAGGCAGAGGUGGUUGCUCUGCUCUGGAAUUAUGUUGUAAACAAGGAUCCAGAGGUUGUGAGCUGUGGAUACAAGGCUCUGGCAGAAUAUCCUGAAGUUGAUCACAAAGUCACUUUACUUCCUGAGUCUGCCCGGCCAGUCACAAAGCAGCCGGAGAGCGAAGAGGAUGAGGAGGGCAAAGACAAAGAUGAAGAGGAGAAGGACUUGUCUGUGCCUGGUUCUUCUUAUGUGAAGCUUCUGUCUCUCACUCCUGCUUCGGUCCUUUCAGCUCUCCAAGUGUUCCUGACGUCGCUUGUGAAACAGGAGAUGAAAGAGAUGCCUCGGGGGGUGUACUUCUCCGCUUUGAGGCAGGGUGGGCUGCGCUCUGAUCAGGGGAAAACCGUGUCCGGGAUCCCCUCGUUUAUGCUCAAGACUUAUGAGAAGAACAAGCAGCCUGGACUCAAGCCAGGACUAGCAGGUGGUCUUCUCCUGUGUUAUGAGCUGCCAGUGCAGACAGACCGCGACGGUAGACCCAUUGACCGCUUCCUGAUGAGUCGCAGCCGUAGCUACCAGCAGACCCUCAGCACCCUCAUCCAUGAGGUGAAUAUUCAGCCUUCAGAAUGGCACCGGUCCCUCCUCUUGCCUCAGGCCUGGAGGAGCUUCAUGAGCAGAGCUUUCCAGGCUGUUCUUCAGGGCCGUCGUGCUGAUUUGGAAAUGCAACAGAAACAAGGCAAAGCCAACCCUGAGGAGCUGCAGUACCAGCACCACUGUGCCUGGCUCUGGGCCAGAGAUCAGUUAGCAGAUGUCAUCAAAACUGCCACUAAGGAUAGCCCAGUUGUCCAGGGGAACUCCAUUUUGGCUCUGAGUGGUCUGGCUGCUGUUCUGGCCAAGUACGAGAGCAACCUGCCCACUGACAGUGAGGGCAGCCUGGGGGCCGGUCCAGAGUUUGUGCCCACCUCCAGCUGGUUGGCCAUGGUUCUGGACACUCUGCUCAGCAUCAUCUACAGCAGCUACAAAGCCAAGGGACAAGUCUUUCCAUGGUUCCUCCAUCGUUCCUACUCUGGUGAGAACACAGCCAGCGCCAUCGCCCGCUCGUGUGCCAGCCUGGCCCUGUCCCUGCUGGUCCCGGUCCUGGUGGUGUGGCAGAGGGACGGGGUAGCUCAGGUCCUGGCCGCUCUACAGUCCGCUCUGCCCGCGUCUCCCUCGGCCGAUGAUUCCCAGGUGGUACAGUUCCACUCCGGACUGGCUCUGGGCAUGGUGCUGUCCAGCCUGCAUCACCAGCGCCUCAGUGAUGUUUCAAAGCAGAAUGACACUGAGCUAAUGUCGAAAGGACUGGAUGCGUUGGAAAGCUGCUCUUUCAACCCCAACCUGGAAUACAAUACUGGUUGCUUACUUGGUCUUGGUUUGGUGCUAGCAUCUCUGUGCGUACACGGACAGCCAGACCAACAAUUCCACGUCACAAAGAUUUUAGACAAACUAUUGGCCAAUCUGCAAGAAAGCAGUGCACAGAGCCGCAUGCUGCAAGAGGUUUUGGCUUACUCGGUUGCAUCUGCUGGUGUUUCUGCCUUCAGUGCUGGACUCAUUGACGCGACCAAAGCUGAGGAGAUCAUGACCACUCUACGCACUUUGACAGAAGAAAGCCAGCAGACUCCCGGUUUCUCACUGGCUUUAGGUCUGGUGGUCCAUGGUCUGUCCUCCUCUGGGCACGGCAAAGCAGAGGACAUCCACCCUCGUCUGCUGGCUGCAUGGAUCAAAAUUCUUCUAGCUGAGGGCUGUCCAACAAUGCAGAGACUGGCUGCUGUCAAUGGCCUGGUGGCUUUAGUGGGUUCUGAGACCUACCUCAUUCAACUGAAAAGUGAGUCAGAGCUCUCCUCUCAGCAGCAGAGCCGUUUGAACGAGGUCAUCCGUGCCAUUACACAGAUUAUUACGUUCUCUGGAGCCAUAGGAUUGCAGUCCAACAGUGCAUGUUUAGUGGGUCACCUGUAUCUGGCCCACAUGUCCACUAGUCACAGCCACACAGCAGUUCCUCUAGAUUUUAGUUACUUACCAGAAAGAAGCGUGAUCCGAGCCAUCACUGACUUCAUUACAGAGGCUGGAAAAAAGGGUCCAGAGUUUUCCCACCCAGAUCUGGUUAAGACCGCACUCACACCUUUGGCAACAAAUGGGUCAAGUUUUCAAUUUCCGCCCAUCAACUGGAGUUCGGUCCUGUCCCCUCUGAUGCGACUAGGAUUUGGAGAGGAGAUCCAGCAUCAGUGUGUGGUGUUGGCUGCCAGUCAGGCCCAGUCUUCCCAGAGUUCUGCCCUGUUCCUGGGAUCAUGGAUGUCACCUCCUCUAGUCCACAGCCUUAGUUACCAGACACGAGCGCACCUGUAUGAGACAUUGGGCGUGUGGAUGAAGCACGUAGCAGAGGACAAACUGCAGGUGUUUGUGGAGAGUCUGGGUCUGCAGCACUUCCAGGAGACCGUCCGACCCCAGCGCUUGCCCCUGUGCCGCUCACUCCUGCAGGGGCUCGCUCAGGCCAUGGCCCUCCCCAACCCCCCCAACAACUGCUGGAGCCUCCUCUGCUCCACCACCGAGAAGAUCUUUAACCUGCUGCCAAAUAAUAUUCAGGAUGCUGAGGUGGAGUUAUACGUGGGAAUUGCCAAAUGCCUCUCAGAGAUGUCCGAUACUGAAAUUGACAGAAUAGCCAAAGUUACAGAGACUCAGAUGGAGAAGUGCUGUUUCGUCCUCUGCUAUCUGACGUCCCAGGGCAGGGUUCCUCUUUUGGGUGUCAAUGAUAUCAUCUCUGGGGUGCUCCGCGGUUGGCCCAGGCACCGAGUCGACUGGUUACUGCAGCAGACCUUCUACCAGUGUCGCCUGGCCGCCAGCGCUCACACAGGUGUGACCAAAAGAAUGGAGUGGCUCUUGGAGUUGAUGGGACUCAUCAGAAAUAUUGUGUAUGGUGCGACCUCUGUGUCUUGUGGCGACGUUAAAAUGGCCAUAGACUUCCUGCUCCAGGUCUUCAGUGCAGCUGUUGUUUCCUGGGGUGACCACUCAAUGCCUCUUCUCCUCGGUGUCCGGGCCCAGUGGUUUCCAUGGCAACCCAAUUCCAAACCUCCAACUAUACAGCACGGACUCUACGGAAAAGAGUCGUUCCUGGAGCAUUCCCUGCCGCCGUGCAUUUUUGGGCUUUCUCACAGCCUGCCCCUGCUGCUGGCCAAAGACCCCUGGAGCAGUCAGACACAUAAGUUUAUCGACUGGCACCUCAGUGUGACAGAGGCCCCACAAGAGAAUAUAUCGGCAGCCAGCCUCUCCACAGUUAAAGCUUGUCUCCUGGCUUUGCGCUCCUGUCCAGACUUCAAGAAGAAAACCAUUUGGACCAGAGCUUGCGGCUGGUAGAUCAACAAAUAAAUCCCACCUCUGCAUGGACUGAAGUACAAACAGGCUUACAUGUUCCUCGAAAACUUGUUGAAACAGGAACUGCUUAAGCUCCUAAUGCUGCUUUUGUAAAGUUCUCAGUUCUUUGGCAAAAAUCUCAUUUCAAUUUUGUUUUCUUUUUCUUGUUCCAUUUAUCAAGAUGAUGCCUUCUCUCUUUCAGCAACUGCCAAAUAGUUACAGUACCACCUGCAAGAUUAAAAAGCAAACCAUUUCAUCAUUAAUCAUUAAGUAUUAUGUACAAAUAGUUACACAAUGAUGUUGUUCCAUCAUUACCGCAUCCUUACCAAGUGCCAAAAGUGUAGCCAAUCAGAACAAAGUGGAGGUUGGUGGGUGUGGUCACUGUGGAGUUGUGGAGUCACUGGACUGAUGUGUAGUGAAGCCUGAGGAAACAGUUUUACAAAAGGACAAUGGUGUUCCAUAAAAGGGUCUAACUCCAGAAGCCAGGCCUAUGUCAGUACAUUUGUAUUUUUUUUAGGAUCAUUUUGGAUCCAUAAACAAGGGUCACUUCAUGUUUACAUAAAAACCUGGCAAUGGCGGCCUGAAAGCUGUGCACAGUAAUAAGAUGUCUCAGUACUGACAACAAUAAACCAAAAAAGUACCA